GAACGACUGUGGUAAGAGUUACGUUUUAAACAUUUUAACCAACAUUAAUGAAUAUAGGCUCCUCUUUAUAUUUGGUAAAAACAAGUUUUGUCAGCGCGUCAUGAAUAGUUCAUGUGGGCUCAAAACGCGACUGCGGAUCAUGCGCUUUAAACGGCCACAGAUUUUCUCUAGAGCUGCUGUCACAUCGAUUAAAUUUACAUUUUCAUCAUAUACAGAUGUAAUUACUGAUUAGGUUGGAGAAAUAGAAUAUCUACAUGGACUUUGGGUUCCUUCAGAAAGGUUUCGAUUCGACAGGUGGACGACAGUGACUUCCAGAGAAAUGCCCUCCCGGCGUCAGCAGAACUGUAUUCAUCUGUUCCUAGGAAAUAUUGCAUCAUUGAGAUAUGCUUCUUUUCUGAGCGGUUUGUUCCUGCAAGCUCUGGAUGUGCAUCUGGGGUUUUGGACCUAUGGAACAUCAUCUUAAACUCAUAUUGUUCUCAUACUCCUAAGGGGAAAUGGGGAACGGAUUAUCAGAGCAACCCAACUUUCUUUCCAGCCUUCCGUUCUGUAAUUCUCUUCACAUCGCUAUUCUGGGUCUGGACUUUGCAGGCAAAACGACGGUCCUGUACCGUCUGCAGUUCAAUGAGUUUGUCAACACUGUCCCCACCAAAGGCUUCAAUGCAGAGAAAGUCAAAGUAUCUGUCGGGGACUCACAAACAGUGACGUUUCACUUUUGGGAUGUUGGCGGCCAGGAGAAACUGAGGCCUCUUUGGAAGUCCUACACACGCGGCACUGAUGGCAUCGUGUUCGUUGUGGACUCUCUGGACACGGAGAGAAUGGAAGAGGCUAAGACGGAGCUUCACAAAAUCAUCUGCUCCUCUGAAAAUCAAGGAGUGCCUGUGUUGAUUAUUGCUAACAAGCAGGACUUGAGACAGGCUCUGUCACUGUCACAGAUAGAGACCAUGCUUUCUCUCAAUGAACUGGGACCCUCUACACUGUGGCACCUGCAGCCCACCUGUGCCAUCAUUGGUGACGGUCUCAAAGAGGGACUCAAAAGACUUCAUGACAUGAUUCUAAAACGAAGAAAGAUGCUCAAACAGCAAAAAACGACAAGAUAGACUGUAUUUUUAUUCUAUAAAAGGAAGGGGAAAAGAACAAUGAAAGUUGAUAGUUGCAAACCUACAAUUUUAUGUGCCCAGAGUUGGUUAGAACCAACAAGCACUUUAGUAGUUUACUUUCUCAUUGUUUACUUCUCUGGCUGUUUACUAUCUGUUAUAGACUUAGAAAUAUCUAAACGUAAUAUAAAGAUUUUUUUCAUCACACUGAAAGGUGAUUCUUGCUGGAAGUUUUAUUUAGAUUGGUUAUUUGCAAUAAAAUGGCUUGUUUAUUCUAAA